GCAAAGUUUUGGCAGCAGCGUUGAAGAAAAACAAGUAAACAACAUCUGCUGAAUUUGCUCUCAUCUCUUUUCGACGCUUUGAAAACGUUGUAUACAAUCGGGAGAUGACCAUCAAAGUCUAACAUUGAGAUAAAUUUGGAAGAACUAAUGCUGAGAUCAAUUUUUCCACGAUUGGUUGCGAGCAAACGGGUGCUUGCUAUGAAUUGUUCAUCACAUCGAGAAUUUGUUAUGGAAGAACUUGAGGUGUAUCAUGACCAUGAAAACUCUAAAUUCUGCAUCAAGCUUGAUGACGAAAAUGAGGCUGUGUUGGUGUAUGAAAAGAAGCACGGUAUGAUAGACAUGUAUCACACUGAAGUUCCAAUGGGUUACACUGGUAGAGGGAUAGCUGGAUUGCUAGCCAAGGCUGCUUUUGAUCAUGCAGUUGAGAAGGAAAUGAAAAUGAAGUUGUCUUGCACGUAUUUGCAUAACUAUUUGCAUAAUUCUUUGAAAGACGACACAAAAGAAAAGUACUUGAAAUUUGUUAUUCAGUAGUUCUCAGUUUCGUUGAUAGAUGGCUCUUACUGCGAAUGUUCCGCACAUCUUUCAACCUCGAAAUCAAGAAAAAUACACUUUAUUUUCUUUGAAAUCAAUAAAUCGUUUUAAUAGCUUUAUUAAUAUAUAAACAAUUGUUAAUUAAAAUACUGCUACAUUUUUUUAUGUAUUGAAGUCAUUAUUUGGGUAUUUUCUGAAAUAAAAAAAUGCAGUUGGAAAAUGUUGAUGACGUUUCACGUCCCACUGCGUAGAACAAUUUGACAAGCAGCUUCUUCAGGGUGAGUUGGAAGGAAGCAACAGAGCUUUCUACGACUGAUUUAAAGCAGGACAUAACGUUUCUCGUUCCUUUAUUCUUGGUUAUAGUUGCUUGAAACUUAAAAAAGUUACCAGAACCAAG